AUGUCAUCAAUUGAAGUUGGCUGUACAUCGUGUGAUGGUGUUGGGGAAACAGUGGUGACACCAGAUGCUGGAAAGGUACCAACUGUUGACACGAGAUUUUUCAAUACGGGAGAUGGACAUGAAGGAGCCCCAGCACCCCAAGUGACACCGAAUGAAGAAACAGCUCAACCUAGUGCUAGCUUCAAAAACUACAUUGAUGAUGACAUUGAAGGAGAGAUGAGCACAUCAGCUGAUACAAGCAAAGCUCGAAUGGCAAGUUUUGCUGAAGCAUUCCUGAAAUCAUUGCCAUGGAGACCAGUCAAAACUGCUGUUAGGAAAAGAAAACCACAUCCUUUCGAGUCUCAUUUAGUCAACGAAUACCAAGAACAGUCUCUAAAAGAGACAAUGUGUCGCACAUACCCGAAUCUAAAGAACCAAUUUUCACAUGAAGGGGAUUGGAUACUACCCGCUUUCUUUGUAUACGCCUAUUCCUUUGUGCACUUGCUUAUUUAUUGUGUGGUCUCCCAUCUGAUUACAAUGUGGAUCCAUGGGAACUUCUUGCAACGGCUUUUUGCAAAGAUUGCUCCAGCAAGGAAAUGA